CAUGCUUCGAUUUCAAGAUGGAGGACGUAGAGAUGUAUUCUGAUCAUUUACUUUUUAACAAACGACAGCUUGGACCGAUCGGUCAACACACAACGUGAGUUCAAGCCUUAUAACACGCAUUUAUCUACGUCAUUCUCAACUAUUUUUCGCCAUUUUCGCUCUCAGUGGGCCUAUUAAUCAGCUUUAUAUUCUUCCGUUAUCGAAGACUUAAGUUUAGGUUUAUAUUUAUUUUACAACAAUUUUAGUUUUCUUUAUAAAUGGUGCCAACAUUUUGAUUCCGAUCACUGAGAUUGCUGUGAAAGAAGCUAAGUAUUCUUUUCAAACCAAGUGUAACUUGAUUCUUCAAUAUACAUGCAAAUAUGCACCGUCAAAAAUGCUAUCGUCUAAAUAUUUACGUCUGAGCAGGUGUGGGGUCUAUGAUUUGUUCUGAAUUAUUCACUGAUUAUUAAGCUUUUGAUGAAUCUUUUAUAAAAUCGUGGUGAUUUUUAGGUAUCCUUAGGGAAGUGGGUGUUGUGGCAGGCGUUAUUUUUGAAAUUUUUUUUUAUAGGCUGAUGCUAGCGUAUGUGCCUUGAGUUGAUAAACGUUGCCUGUCCCAAAUAAGAACAGACAGAAUUGUAUUAACCGUACAAAGUGCACCUUCACUGGCUUCAGACACAAUUGCAAUGUUUUACUCAGCAGCUGUGGCUUAUAUGCAUUUUUUAGAAAUGGACCAUUUGCUGCUUUGACAGUGCUAAUGUACUCCCUGUUUGCUCUCCAAAUGUUACACUUGUAAGCAUUUUUUCAAUUUCUUUUGGGGUGACUGGAAUAGUACCCGGGAGGAAUUGGAAACAAUGUUUAUGGAAAGUUUGGGUUGGGGGGGUUGGGGGAUGAAACAUGAUGAAUUGUAGUUAAUGCAUAAGUGACCAGUCAUGGGGACCCAAAAAAUCCCCAAAGCGGGUUUUAUUGCCACAUUUUUCUGUUUUUAUUGUGGGGUCAGAAUAUUAUUAAACAUCUUAUAUGCAUACAAAGAAUGACAUUCACAUAUUUUCAGAGAGUUUCAGUGAAGGAGAUUUAGAGAAACAGCUAGUUAUUUUUCUUUCAAUCUUUAUUUUUAACAGGACCACACCAUAUGUGAUAGCACUGGUUGUUGCUAAGUUUCUUCAUACCUUUGGAUUAUUUGUGACUUAUGAGCAGCUUAAAGUUUUCCAUGUUGUACAGUUCUUAUUUAUUGUCAGGCUUUGGUAUGUUUUACCCAGAUCAACUUCAUUCUAUCACAAUGUGACAUGCAUUAUUAUUAUUCAGUUCAUUAAUAAAUUAUUAUUACUCAACCUUCAUUUUGCCGAUUAAAGCAACUAUUUGGGAAAGAUGUUUUUAGGAAAAAAAAAGCCCAGAUUGAUAUAUUUAUGAAGUUGUGACAGAGUUAUUACUUAGCCUGUCUCCUGAAAAGUGCUGAUGAGCAAUAGUGAUCAAUACUGUAACGUGAUGGUCUGUUCUUGUAAUAAAUUAUUUUGGGUCUGAGAUUCUUCAUCUAUCUCCUUUCUUCUGUUCAAAUCCAAGUCAAACGAGAAACUUGUGUCAUGAGGAUGUGUAGAAAUGUGGCCUUCACAUUUGUACCACCUAUUAAGGUGACUUUAAUUUGUGUUUUUUGCCUGUUCACAGCUCAACUGUUAUCCUAGUAAUAUUACAAAGGCCUGUCUCAUCAGGAAAGAAAAUAACUCCUAAUCAGGUAAACUUGUCAUAGUUCUUAUGCAUUUUGUGCAUAUUGCUUUCAUUAAAAUUCUGCAAAUCUACUGCUAAAAUGUAUAUUUUUUAUGUUAAUUUUCAGUGGUACAAGAUAGGAAAGCAUGCUAUAGCAUCAACUGUAAUAAGUUUAAUUUGGCUUGAAGGUCUUUCUCUCUGUGGGGCAUUAAGGUAAAAAUAUUUGAGCAAUAACAUAUUUAGUCCUCAUCAUUAAAUUAUACCUGUAGACAGACAGAUAGCCUAUAUUUUGGCACAAAUAAAAAUAAAAACUCUUCAGCUCAUGGGGUCUUGCAAAAAUAUUUUAAAACUAUUAUGCAAAAACUAAAAAAACACGUUGAAAAGCUCUGUAAAUAUAGACAACCAUACACCCUUUUUUCCUAUUAUAAAUUCCCCUUGAUAAAAUUAAAAUCUGGUAAUCUAAAAUUUCCCACUGUUAACACUCCUUUUUUCUCCACACAGAACAGUUUUAUUAUUUGAGCAUAGUGAUGUAGUUGUGUUAGCUGCAUUAGGAGUGCUCUUCCAUUCAAAUGGUACUGGCCCAUCAAAGGUAUUUAUAUUGUUUGGUUUUUUAGAAGACAUUUCUUAGUUUUAACAUCUAUGAGUCAUUACAGUGCAGUGUUACAUUUAGACAUAGAACAUUUGAAGGAGUACAAGAUUAGUGUUACAUUGCAUGAACUUUUUAAGUACUACAGUUUGAGGAUAAGAGAAAGUAAAUCCAAAACCAUUAGCUGGUCUUAGUUUUGUCUUGGUACAUCUGCAUGUGAUCAUCAUGCUUAUGUCAGCAUUUGAGGAGGAUUAUUAUAAUGUAAUAUAUAAUGUAAGUAAUAAUGAUACCCCUCAAAUGCUGACAUAAGCAUGAUGAUGACCUGCAGGUGUACCAAUUGAAGACAAAACUAAGACCAAUGGUUUUGGAUUUACUUUCUCUUAUCCUCAAACUGCAGUACUUAAAAAGUUCAUGCAAUGUAACACUUGUACUCCUUCAAUUUAAUGUUCUGUGUCUAAUAUAUUACUUACACGUUCAUAUUUUGAACGAGUUUUCUGGCUCCUUGACGUAAGGUGUCAAAUAAAUGAUUCAUUGAUUGAUUUAGAAAUGUUGUUUUUUGCCUUUUUUAGGUCAGAGGAUCAGUGCUUCUUCUUAUUGGAAUGUUGUGUCUUCUUCUGUUUGAUAAUGAUGCCCGCAGUCUGAGUCACCGUAUCCUUAUAAAAUUAUAUUUUUUGCUUAAGUAAAGCCUUUGUUGUAACUACCACUUUACAUCGUACUGUAUUCCAUUGAAAUGUAACAUUUUUCAUACCAUAAUGCAGGUCAGGAAACAUCAAAGUCUGUGUAUAGUAAAGAAACUUUUUCCUUAACUUGCCCACAGCGGAAGGUCAACAUCACAGUCAGUGGGUUCAUUAUUAUUACAUAGCAUUAUCUAGGCUUGGUUUACCAGAUCACAAGGUAAGUGGUUCUUUAAAGCAUGUAAUAUCGCAUCAAAAAUCCCUUGAUAAUUUAUCCAAGAAAGUAGACAGUUUUUUCGUAUAAAAGGCACAAAGUAUGAAUUUAUUGCUUUCAACUCUUGAAAAAAUGGGAUUUAUUUUAUAACAAAUCAAAAAACACGACUAGGGAAUAACGAGAUUUAUUGACCGAGUAUUUGUCUGACCUGCCGGGUGGCCAGUGUUUAAGCUAGGCAGGGUAAAGAAAACAUAAUAAUGGAAUUCUAUAUCAAAUAAGACCGGCAAGUACUUGUCAGCCCUUCAAAACAUGCUGGGCAAAAAUCAUUACGACCCCGAUUCUCUACCUAGCACUCACCGGUUCAACUUUGUCAAAUCCAUGAGAUCUUGCGAUUCUUUUGGCGCUUUCAAUACCGCCCUCCACCUUUAUCGCCCAUCCGUUGGUGAAGACUUUUCCGGCGUUUUUAUCAAGCGGUAGGGUAUAUCCAUUUGUCUUUGGGGGCCACGCUGUUAAAAGAACACAUAAUAUUACGUUGGCGAGGCCCCAAGACCGUACAACUCGAAACAUCGCAUCGCUCCCAACUUUUUCGUGGAGAAAAUCUGAUGUAGAGUGGAAGGAAAAAUCCGAGAGCUUUGGCUAUUUAUUAUUAACGUCAACGGAUGUUUGGCUGGUUGCGAAGGUCAUCUUUCCUGCAAAUGGCACCUGUCAUUGACUGUUAUUAUCAAUUGAUCUUUAUCGCCCGUGAACCAAUCACAGAGCACUGACGUCAUAAGAGGGAAAAGCCAUAUGGAGCCAUGUUCAGCUGAACAAUCAUGUUGUAGGCUUAUUGAGAAUGGAAAUAACAGAAAAAGGUGAAAAGGGAAGAAAAUAAUGGAUAAUCGUAUUUGGAGGGUACUCUAGUGGCAUGCUUUGAUGGAGGGUUUAGAAAAGAAGUUUCAUUUUUUCAGAAUUUUGUGGGACUGGCCAAUUUCACUCUCGAAUUGAAUCAUGAAAUUUGUAGAAACAGCUGAUUUUUGAGACCCGGCCAAUCCAUUUGCAUUGACGCACAACACCGUCUUUUUAAUGAAUUUUUGCUUCUUAGCCAGUUUAUCACAGAGGUGGGAGAACUAAAACCAAACCACAUCCCUUCAGUAUUUUUCCAUAUUUAAUUUGUCCCUAAACUGAAAAUAACAAACCUAAAAACGAAGAGGACGGGUGCCACAACAAUACAAACAUGAGCUAUAAAAACUGACUUGAUCGGGCCUCAGACAUAACAAAAUUUCUUACUGUUGAAUUUCAGCGUACAAAUUUCUCACGCAGUCUGUUGUACGACACUGAUAACACUCUGAUAGAGAGAUUGUCGGUAAGCCAGCUGUACCCUUAGUUGAGAAAAAAUGCUUUUAACGAGACAAAAAUAGGCUAAAAGAGCACCUGUUUGGGGGCAAAUAACAAACAUCAUGAAAUCCUACUGGCUGUUUUAUUUUUAAAGUUUUUUUUUGGGUCUUAAAAAUACCUGUGGUAGCUUGUGGUAUUUUGAUAGGAUUUCUUUGGGGGGUCGCAUUUAAAGGUUUUUUCCACAACCAAAAGAGCUCACGAAGAAUAUCAUUUGGGAAAUAAUAAUAACUGUCAUUUCGGAGAAGUUUUUCAAGACCAACCGUUUUUCGGGCGUGAAAUCAUUGCUGUCUUACUGCAGCAUAGGAAAAAUGUCUUGUAUUUUUGAAGCCUUCUUUAGCUCAUUGUUGAAAGGUUCUGAAGUGUCCGCACCUGAUUGAAAAAGAAGUUGUAGCAAAUCUAAUUCUUCCCUCUCCACGCCUUUCGACUCCAUCAUCCCUUGCCCUUUUAAUAAACCUAUCAAACUGUACAGUUGAUUCCAAAGAGUUUUCUUGAACAAUAAUGUACAAUCCUCACAUAUUCCAAACGUUUCCCUCACAAUUUACCCAUCUUCUCGAUGUGAUGGACCACCGACGUUGAAGCUAUUGAGCGGAAAUCUUUCCCAUCACAUUUUUGUUAUAAGGCGAAAUUACUUUAAGACGGAAUCCACCAGGAAAUUGACAAAUUUUAAGUUCGGUGGACAAAAACCUUGUGCCAGAAUAAUUUAAACAAUUCGCAUGUGUAUUGCAUUCUUUUUAUAUUUUCCAAGGGCUAAAGAUGUAAUUAGUCAUCUGUAAUAACAGCAAAGAAAAUUUCUCAUGGGAGUCCGAGAAAAUGAUUGUAAAAUUUUACAAGAAUUGUGAAAAUACAGGUAAAAUUCUGAAAAUUUCAUAUGUAAGAUGUAAUUUUGUGAAGUUUUUACAUUGUCUCGGGCUCCCAUGAGAAAUUUUCUUUGGUGUUAUUACAGAUGACUAAUUACAUCUUUACUUAAAAAAUUUCAAAAAAUGCAGUUUGCUUUAAAUUAUUCUGGUACAAGGUUUUUGUCCACUGAAAAUUAAAAUUACUCAGUUUGCUAAGGUAACAAGUUGAUGAACGAUUUCUUUCCUCGUUCCCAGGGUCGAAUGGCAAUAAGGUUGACCAUUUUUUUGUCAGCGGCUGCUACCUAUCGUUUGCCAGCUCAUGCUUCGAUUUCAAGAUGGAGGACGUAGAGAUGUAUUCUGAUCAUUUACUUUUUAACAAACGACAGCUUGGACCGAUCGGUCAACACACAACGUGAGUUCAAGCCUUAUAACACGCAUUUAUCUACGCUAUUGUCAACUAUUUUUCGCCAUUUUCGCUCUCAGUGGGCCUAUUAAUCAGCUUUAUAUUCUUCCGUUAUCGAAGACUUAAGCUUAGGUUUAUAUUUAUUUUACAACAAUUUUAGUUUUCUUUAUUAAUGGUGCCAACAUUUUGAUUUCGAUUACUGAGAUUGCUGUAAAAGAAGCUAAGUAUUCUUUUCAAACCAAGUGUGACUUGAUUCUUCAAUAUACAUGCAAAUAUGCACCGUCAAAAAUGCUAUCGUCUAAAUAUUUACUUCUGAGCAGGUGUGGGGUCUAUUAUUUGUUCCGAAUUAUUCACUGAUUAUUAAGCUUUUGAUGAAUCGUUUAUAAAAUCGUGGUGAUUUUUAGGUAUCCUUAGGGAAGUGGGUGUUGUGGCAUGCGUAAUUUUUUAAAUUGUCUUUUAUAGGCUGAUGCUUACGUAUAUGCCUUGAGUUAAUCAACGGUGACUGUCCCAAAUAAGAACAGACAGAAUUGUAUUAACCGUACAAAGUACACCUUCACUGGCUUCAGACACAAUUGCGAUGUUUCACUCUGCAGCUGUGGCUUAUAUGCAUUUUUUAGAAGUGGACCAUUUGCUGCUUUGACAGUGCUAAUAUACUCCCUGUUUGCUCCCCAAAUGUUACACUUGUAAGCAUUGUUUCAAUUUCUUUUGGGGUGACUGGAAUAGUACCCAGGAGGAAUUGGAAACAAUGGUUAUGGAAAGUUUGGGCGGGGGGAGGGGGGGGGAAGAAACAUGGUGAAUUGUAGGCAAUGCAUAAGUGACCAGUCAUGGUGACCCAAAAAAUCCCCAAAGCGGGUUUUAUUGCCACAUUUUUCUGUUUUUAUUGUGGGGUCAGACCAUUAUUAAACAUCUUAUAAUGCAUACAAAGAAUGACAUUCACAUAUUUUCAAAAAAUUUCAGUGAAGGAGAUUUAGAGAAUCAGCUAGUUAUUUUUCUUUCAAUCUUUAUUUUUAACAGGACCACACCAUAUGUGAUAGCACUGGUUGUUGCUAAGUUUCUUCAUACCUUUGGAUUAUUUGUGACUUAUGAGCAGCUUAAAGUUUUCCAUGUUGUACAGUUCUUAUUUAUUGUCAGGCUUUGGUAUGUUCUUCCCAGAUCAACUUAAUUUAUUCUAUCACAAUGCAACAUGCAUUAUUAUUAUUCAGUUAAUUAAUAAAUUAUUUUUACUCAACCUUCAUUUUGCAGAUUAAAGCAACUAUUUGGGUAUAGAUGUUUUUAGGGAAAAAAGCCCAUAUUGAUAUAUUUAUGAAGUUGUGACAGAGUUAUUACUAGCCUGUUCUCCUAAAAAGUGCUGAUGAGCAAUAGUGUUCAAAACUGUGUAGUGAUGCUCUGUUCUUGUAAUAUUUCAAGUCUGUGAUUUUUCGUCUGUCUCCUUUCUUCUGUUCAAAUCCAAGUCAAACGAGAAACUUGUGUCAUGAGGAUGUGUAGAAAUGUGGCCUUCACAUUUGUACCACCUAUUAAGGUGACUUUAAUUUGUGUUUUUUGCCUGUUCACAGCUCAACUGUUAUCCUAGUAAUAUUACAAAGGCCUGUCUCAUCAGGAAAGAAAAUAACUCCUAAUCAGGUAAACUUGUCAUAGUUCUUAUGCAUUUCGUGCAUAUUGCUUUCAUUAAAAUUCUGCAAAUCUACUGCUAAAAUGUAUAUUUUUUAUGUUAAUUUUCAGUGGUACAAGAUAGGAAAGCAUGCUAUAGCAUCAACUGUAAUAAGUUUAAUUUGGCUUGAAGGUCUUUCUCUCUGUGGGGCGUUAAGGUAAAAAUAUUUGAGCAAUAACAUAUUUAGUCCUCAUCAUUAAAUUAUACCUGUAGACAGACAGAUAGCCUAUAUUUUGGCACAAAUAAAAAUAAAAACUCUUCAGCUCAUGGGGUCUUGCAAAAAUAUUUUAAAACUAUUAUGCAAAAACUAAAAAAACAUGUUGAAAAGCUCUGUAAAUAUAGACAACCAUACACCCUUUUUUCCUAUUAUAAAUUCCCCUUGAUAAAAUUAAAAUCUGGUAAUCUAAAAUUUCCCACUGUUAACACUCCUUUUUUCUCCGCACAGAACAGUUUUAUUAUUUGAGCAUAGUGAUGUAGUUGUGUUAGCUGCAUUAGGAGUGCUCUUCCAUUCAAAUGGUACUGGCCCAUCAAAGGUAUUUAUAUUGUUUGGUUUUUAGAAGACAUUUCUUAUUUUUAACAUCUAUGAGUCAUUACAGUGCAGUGUUACAUUUAGACAUAGAACAUAUGAAGGAGUACAAGAUCAGUGUUACAUUGCAUGAACUUUUUAAGUACUGCAGUUUGAGGAUAAGAGAAAGUAAAUCCAAAACCAUUAGCUGGUCUUAGUUUUGUCUUGGUACAUCUGCAUGUGAUCAUCAUGCUUAUGUCAGCAUUUGAGGGGGAUUAUUAUAAUGUAAUAUAUAAUGUAAGUAAUAAUAAUACCCCUCAAAUGCUGACAUAAGCAUGAUGAUGACAUGCGGAUAUGUACCAAUUUAAGACAAAACUAAGACCAGCCAAUGGUUUUGGAUUUACUUUCACUUAUCCUCAAACUGCAGUACUUAAAAAGUUCAUGCAAUGUAACACUUGUACUCCUUCAAUUUAAUGUUCUAUGUCUAAUAUAUUACACGUUCAUAUUUUGAACGAGUUUUCUGGCUCCUUGACGUAAGGUGUCAAAUAAAUGAUUGAUUGAUUGAUUGAUUUAGAAAUGUUGUUUUUUGCCUUUUUUAGGUCAGAGGAUCAGUGCUUCUUCUUAUUGGAAUGUUGUGUCUUCUUCUGUUUGAUAAUGAUGCUCGCAGUCUGAGUCACCGUAUCCUUAUAAAAUUAUAUUUUUUGCUUAAGUAAAGCCUUUGUUGUAACUACCACUUUACAUCGACUGUAUUCCUUUGAAAUGUAACAUUUUUCAUACCAUAAUGCAGGUCAGGAAACAUCAAAGUCUGUGUAUAGUAAAGAAACUCUUUCCUUAACUUGCCCACAGCGGAAGGUCAACAUCACAGUCAGUGGGUUCAUUAUUAUUACAUAGCAUUAUCUAGGCUUGGUUUACCAGAUCACAAGGUAAGUGGUUCUUUAAAGCAUGUAAUAUCGCAUCAUGUCGAACUAGUGCAUAGUGGUCUGUAUUUGAAUAAUCAUUUUUUUAAUUUCUUUGCAAAGGGUGGACUUAUUCUUCUUCUGUUGGUACUGUUGUGUAAAAUUGCACAUAAGAAUAUUUCAAGAACACUAGCAGUGGAAAUUGGAGGUGAGCCAUGGGGAGUGUGGCAUACGAUAGGUAGUAUGGGAUCAGCUGUCCUUGCAAUUUUUUAUCACCAGGAAUACUGUAUUUCUGUUGAAUGCUUGUUCUUUUGAUUGCUAGGUGGAAAACGACUUGCAGCUCUUUCCAGUUGUUUAUCUUCAGUGAUUCUUCUGCCUUUAGCCCUGUUAUCAUAUUUUACCCAGGUAUUUAUUUAUUAUCCUUUGUUUCUUCUUCUUGCAGUACACAAACCACUGGGAGACCUGCAUUCUUUUCCUUGCUUUUACCGUUAUACCAUGAAAGCUUUAUAGGGGCAGUGUACUAUUUGAUAGGUGUCCUCUAAUUUUCCAGCAGGUAUUCAGUGAGAGAAUCUAAGUGAAUAAAUGAGAAAAAGGAAUGGAAAAAUGUGGUUUUCAAGGGGAGGAACCAUUGUCGUAAUUGAUGAUAAUAGCACAGCUAAUUUACACUCUUUAGAUGACUACUGCCAGGUUGUUGAAACGUCAGUCACUGUCAACAAUAACAGUCCUAUUCAGGACUUAUGUUCACCCGGACAAUCAUACUCAACCUACUUAUGAGAACUAAUUUUAUUUUACAUUUUGUUUGUUCAUACAGACGACAGAUGUUGAUUGGACGGAAGCAGUAAUCCCAUUUGCCAUUAUUGUAUUUCUUGUCUUUAUAUUUGACUUUUACAUUGAGUCCUUCUGUUUGGCCAAACUUGAAUCCACCAGAACAGGCAAAGUUGGUUCCAUUGCAUCAUUUUUAUCUGCUGUUAUUCUAUCAUUUCUUUGGGAUCAGCCCUGGGCAUGGAGCAUGCAUGAAUGGCAUCACGGCAAACCAACGGAACCUCAUCUUGUAUCCGCUGGCACCUUAUUUGCAGCUUUCUUCUUUGUGCUGGGUGAGUGGUUUGAUGCAAAUAUAAGCUCACUCCCGUCAGCAGGCAAAUGAAAGGUGGAGGGAAUGACCCACUUAACUGAAAGUAAAUGAGUUUUGGCUAUCAAAGUUCUUUUCCUACUCCAAAUGGCCUGAAUUUUGGCGUGAAACAUGGAUGACUAUGGAGCAUCAUAUACACAGAUGUCACACAAAGCAUAUUGACUUCAUGGCUUCACUUAGGCAUUCUCCUUGUGGAGUGAUCUCUUGACUUAUGGGUGACACCGUACAUUAGGUUUGGGUGGUUCAUCAAGUGGGAUAUUUUCAUAAGUUUCUAGAGCUGACAGCUUCUAAUGGUUAAGUUUUAUUGUAUUUAUUGAACUUAGUGCAUAAACUAGCUGUUACUCCUGUAGCCCUUUCCAUUUACUGGAUUAUUGUUAAAUUUGAACAUUUAUGUUUCAGCCACAAGAUUACUAUCCAGACCUUCGCUGCGUAUGACCAAAGGAAAUCUUAUCGGUUAUACCACAGGCGGCCUUCCAAUCUACAACUACCAGACUCCUCAGUCUGUACUAAACACUGUGCAGAGUCUGCUGCGGCAGAUUGUAGAACAGUCAGAAUCAAGGCAGAUCUUCUAUUUUCUCUGCCUCAAUCUGGUAAGCAAAAAUUCUACCUAUCAGCCAAUAAUCAGUUUUGGCCCAGUUCUUUCUUCUGUUAGCUGAAAAAUUAUGGCUUAUAUUGGAGUUAAAUUUGUGGGAUAUUCAUUGUUUGGUCAGUAAGAAAUGGCUAAUGCAAAAGUUUUGAAUCCUAGUGUUUAGAUUGUGUAAGAAUUCUCUAUCACUCUUCAGUUACUGCUCCAGUUCCCUUGGCUUUGUUAUGUACUGCAACUUAGAAAGCAAAUCUGUGCUCACUCCAGCGAAUCUAUUUCAAGUUAUGUAAUUCUAGUUUGUUGUCUAUUAAAAUUUCCAGUAGGUCAGCAUGAUCUACUGUUUUUGUAUGUUUUGUGGAAGUAACUCAAUAUCAACCAUUUAUCAUGUUGCUAUUGGUCUAAAAGUGAAGUACUUUUAUCAGUUUUAGUCCUUAGGGGACACUCGUUUCUUCUUGUAUGACAUCAGGAAAGGAUGUCUUAUAUAACAUUGCGGUUAUCACUGCUAUUCCAGGCAUUCACAGGUGUAGAGCUGUUGUAUGGUGUAUGGACUAACAGCCUUGGACUCAUAUCUGAUGGUUUCCACAUGUUGUUCGACUGCACUGCACUGGUGAUUGGACUUUGUGCUGCACUCAUGGCGAGAUGGAAGGCUUCAAGAACAUUUUCAUAUGGGUAUAACAUGAAAUAUUAAUGUUAUCCCUAACAUGUAGACAACAUUCAGCCAUCCCUAGAAAAUAUAACAAAGCGAUUCACAGCAUUUUUAUUACAAAUUUUUUAAACUUCUUAUUUUUGCCAUUCCUCUCUUUGCUUUAUAUGUACAAUACAAAUUUUGAGUAUUGUUAACCUUGAGGUUCAUUCAUUUUUAAGUUUCUUUUAUUUCUUUUUAGAUAUGGCCGUGUGGAGAUUUUAUCUGGCUUUGUUAAUGGCAUAUUCUUGAUAGUAAUUUCCUUCUUUGUGUUCAUUGCUGCUCUUCAGCGUUUGUUUGAUCCACCAAAUGUCAACACUGAGAGACUAUUGGUAAGAGAAAAUCUUGAUCCGGCUCUCGUGAGUUCAUUUUAUUGCAUUUCUAUGAUAUAGACUGUAUGGUUCAGGCCGAACAUUGAAUGAUCCGGAAAAAAAAAGUGAAUGUAACUUUCUGCAUGUGAAAGUAUGUUACACAUGACACAGAAUUUAAGUCCAUUGCUAUCAUAAAAUUGUACCAAUUAUUAAUCAGUAAGUUCCAAGCUUACCCUUCCCCCAACCUUAUAAUGUAUGUUACUUGGGCAUUCUUGUCAUUUUUUCGUGUAUAAGCUGCAAAUGCCCCAUGGUGGGGCCAUUGAUAUCAACUUCAUUCAAAAAGCUUACCAUGGGGUUCAUAAAAUGUGAACAAAAUUAAUACUGUUUACCAUUUUUUUUAUGUGAAAAAUAUUUAUUGUAAUUGUUGUAGAUAUGUUACAGUCAGGGCAGGUCAAGCAUACCCCCCAAGAUUGCAUUAAUGAAUUUAUUAUUUGAAGGUUGAAUCCAUUGGUAGUUGUAGAGUUCAGUUUCAUCUCUGCACUCCUGCAUUCGUAACGAGCAGUGAAUUCACACGUGAGGUAGUCAUGAAAUUUCUUGCAGCGCAGUUUUCUUGAAUUUGAUGUAAAUGUCUUUAAAACAAUAGUUAUUUAAUCCAUUCAAAGAUUUUUCAAGAAUACACAGGAGUUAUCUUCAAAAAUUCACUGCUCAUUAUGUAUUCAGGAAUGGCGAUUUUAAUUUGAGACUGGUUGCAACAACAACUAAUGGAUUCAUUUUUCAAAUAAUUGAUUCAUUAACACAAUCUCGGGUGGUACGCUUGAUCUGCUGUGACUGUAAAUGUAAAUGCAAAAAUGUGAGUACUUUGCAAGGAAAAAGGAAAGGUAGCUAUUUCAAAACCUGUAUUCAGUUGGGAGUGAAAUCUGUUGGUAUUCUCUGCUUGUGUCCUCUGACCAGGUUGUGUCUGUUGGAGGACUUGUGGUGAACUUGGUAGGCAUUUUUGCCUUCAGGCAUGCACACUCACAUGGCGGCAGUUCCCAUGGUAACAGUAACCAUGGCCACAGUCACCAUGGUCACAGUCAUUGUCAUGGCCACGGGCAAGGUCACACUGAUGAGGAUCAUCAUCAUGAUCGCAGUGUAAAUAUGCAAGGUAGGGAUUUAUAUAACAUAUUAAAACAAAACUGAACAAGUCAGGUAUCUAGUAAGGUUUUGAAAGGGAGUCGCGUGUGUGUGAAUAAGGGUGUGUUCAAUAUUUGUCUUUGUCUUUUUUCAUUUUGUCUCAACCAGUUUUGUCAAAAAGUUGUUGAUCUGGCUACUCGAAAUUGAAGGUUAACAACUUUUCUUGUUCAUUGUACACGGUAACGUAAGCAGCUGCUAGUCUCGUUACAAGAUUAUUUCAUCAGCGGUGUUUAUCUAGUACAGUAUCAUCAGUGUUGAGUUUAUUUUGAAUGCUGAUGUUCUCGUUAUGUUACAGGAGUAUUUCUUCAUGUUGUCGCUGAUACCAUGGGCAGUGUUGGAGUGAUAGUAUCCUCAGUGCUAAUUGAACAGUUUGGAUUCUUUAUAGCAGACCCUCUGUGUUCGUUAUUUAUCGCGGCUUUAAUAUUCCUCAGCGUACUUCCUCUACUUCGCGAAUCAUCUCAAGUGUUGCUGCUUAGAACACCUCCCGAACUUGACAAAACCGUCGGCAGUGCUUUUAAUAAGGUUAGUUUUUACUUGUAUACCACGAUUCAGCCCUGAUUUCUUCUUUUGCCCUUAAGCUCAGUAAAACAGGCAGCCAGUAAUCUACCUCACAGUUGAGACCAUUGUAGAUAGUUGCUGAACAAUCUCCUUAUGUUGCUUGACCUUAAUUUUUAAUCGUACAUUUNCAGGAGUAUUUCUUCAUGUUGUCGCUGAUACCAUGGGCAGUGUUGGAGUGAUAGUAUCCUCAGUGCUAAUUGAACAGUUUGGAUUCUUUAUAGCAGACCCUCUGUGUUCGUUAUUUAUCGCGGCUUUAAUAUUCCUCAGCGUACUUCCUCUACUUCGCGAAUCAUCCCAAGUGUUGCUGCUUAGAACACCUCCCGAACUUGACAAAACUGUCGGCAGCGCUUUUAAUAAGGUUAGUUUUUACUUGUAUACCACGAUUCAGCCCUGAUUUCUUCUUUUGCCCUUAAGCUCAGUAAAACAGGCAGCCAGUAAUCUACCUCACUGUUGAGACCAUUGUAGAUAGUUGCUGAACAAUCUCCUUAUGUUGCUUGACCUUAAUUUUUAAUCGUACAUUUGCUUUCAGCACUCCCUAUUUUUUUUUGUAAUUGUUGUAUGCACGACCCCUCCAGCAAUUCUGAUCUUUUUAUCGUACUAAAAUAAAGUUCUUAUCUAUCUAUCUACCUUAACUUGAGUAGGCCAGACUGAAAUUUGGGAUAAAUUUCAUGUCCUUUUCUUUUUUCCGUAUUUCUCCAUUUGCCAUGAAGUUUUUUUAAAGGCUUGUUAUUGAAACCAGUAUACCGGAGACCAAAGAUGAUCAUUCAAUUUUUACUUCCAUGUUUAUUUUUGUUUGUUUGUGGUUUUUUUAUAGAUUUUAUCUCUGGAUGGAGUUCUCUCGUACCGAGACCCCCAUUUCUGGCGGCACUCGUCUGACGUCAUAGUUGGCUCAAUUCAUGUUCAAGUUGCACCAUCAGCCAAUGAACAGAGAGUUAUUCAAAUGGUAAGUACCGGUACCUGAGCAGAGUGUUCAUUCGAUAACUGGCUAGUGUCCCUUGUUUAACAAGUUUCGGAUUUGAACGGUCAUUCAAUUUGUUCUGUUUACAGUGAAACCUGUAUUAUACACACUGGACUAUCUCUUUUGUCUGCUUGGAAUCGUAAGGGGAGUCGUUGUAAGAACGGUUAUGACCUAGUGAAAAUCAAAAAUCGGAGUCGUAAUGUCGUAAGCGGAGUCAUAAGCGCGACGGAAUCGGAGACGGAACAGCCAGAAUGUUUCCAUUUUCCCGAAUCUGCAUAUGACUCCUCUCUUACAGUCUAGUGAAAACCAAAUUGUUGUGGUUGGAAUAUACAAACCACAAUGCUCGUUCCCGGCAUGUUGUAUGGAUGGUUUAAGAUCCUCUGUCUUGGAUUCUAACAACCUAGUCAGUUCACUAGAUCGUAAGCGGAUCAGAGGGCUGUUUUCAUUAGAUAAUGACGCUCUACGCUUCGGGUUAUGACCGACACCGUCGCUAGUGAAAACCAGCCCGGUCUUAACAGAAAAUAUGCGAAAAAAAAGUUGAAGACUCAUAAAGCUUCUGUCCUCUUAACUUGGGGUCCCCUUAACAAAGGUUUCCCACCGUACAAACAAACAUAAUACCAUAUAUUAACUGAAAAAAAAUUACUGCGGUAACUGAGGUGAAGACAUUUUUUUGCUAUUUCUCCUGAGGUACUGCCUUGGUGGGGUGGGUGUCCAUCGCUGGGACCAACCUAAACCACAUCAUGAUCAGCUGUAGGAUUGCGCCCCAGUUUAAACUCGACAUCGACACUCCCUACCCUUUCCAGUAUAGACUGAUACUAUACCGCGAAUUGCGGUUUGGUGAUUGAAGGUAGCUGCUAAUUGAGCUUGUGCUGUAUCUUAAUUCCCAGGUUGGCGCACUUUUCAAGGAAUAUGGAAUCACGAAGUUUAGCGUUCAAGUAGAAAAGGAAGCGUUCUUUUAUCAUAUGUCAGCUCUGUCAGCUGGAUAUAAAUCUAUCCUGGCUCUUAAACAAGGAGCUGAUAUGCGUUUAUCUUCACCUGGAGGGGAGGGUGACUCUGGCAUCAUUAAAGCUGUAUAACCCAGCCAUCCAAUCUAGGCACUCCAUAAAUUAAAUAAUUGAGUAAAAAAUAAUGUUAUUUAUUUGCCGUCAAGGAUGGUCCACGUUUGCAAGAAAGGCACUGUCUUACUAAUUCAAGGCGCUGUCCUCUGAAGGAAUAAUCGUCAACAGGAACGAUCAUGUUGAGCGGUGGAAGCACGCCGCUCUCUCGCCCUCCCCCACUCCCCGAGAAGAGACUUUUCGGGGAAGGGGUGUAGGCUCAUUUCCUUAACAGUGGCUGGUAUGAGUAUCCCUUUGUUCAGUCGUAUCAUGCUGUGUGAAGUGGUUCUAACUUUUAAGUCCGCGAAUACUCAGAUCAAAAAAGCUACUGACCUGUAUUAAGCAGUGGUACAGGUAAUUAUUAUGGUCUUCCAUCGUUUGAUCACAGCUAUGUAAAUUUGUCCAAAAGUUUUAUUUCUGUCGCAAAAUAAAUGAUCAAAUUCUGCAAAGAAGACAAAGGAUGACCUUGGGUCCUGGUCUACGGAUGCUCAGCUGAGUGAAGUCAUUCACAUUUUAUUUGUACAUAACAAAAACUCUUGUAAAAUAAUCGUAUGUGAAAAACUCAGUGGGUGGAUGUAACU